AUGGCGGGAAAUUUCAUAAACUGCGUGAUGAGUUUUUAUAAAGAGAAAAAUUGGAAAGCAAUCGUGUCCCGAUACCACGACCAUCCGGAGCGGAACAAGCUGUUGUGGGUGUUUCCAGCGGAGGAGAAUUUUGAAUUUUUACGAGAGAAUCUUUUUAAAUUGGGUUGCGAUAGCGUCUUGAGCAUUGGAUGCGGAAGCGGUUUGCUUGAAUGGGUGAUCACGGAGGCGACAGGUAUACCAGUAUCUGGCGUUGAAGUAGACGGGGCAUGGUGGCAGUGCAAGUACGCACCGCCAACAUUUAUACCGUUAAUUCUAACAACAACUUCAAUGGAUUCCAAAGUCGUCAGUGUUCUCAAGGAUGCAAAAUCUACUGCAUUAUUGUUUUGCUACUUCAACAAUGGCCAGGCGUUUGCUGAAUACCUAAGACAUUAUAGUGGUGUCUUCAUGCAUCGCAAGAGAUCAGGGAUAGUAAGGAUUUUAUUGCUGUUUAUUGUAAAAAAA